UGUAUGUGGAUUACUCAAAUAACUCUUUCACUUCAAUUCCAGCUGACAUCGGAUACCGCCGUGUUUAAUUGAAAGCAGCUAUAAGCUUGGUGUACUGAACUUGAGGAGAAAUAGUCUUCAUGGCAUUAUUUCUGGUACAUUUCCUGAAAAUUGUACACUACAAACGGUCGAUCUGAGUGAUAAUCAGCUAGAAGGAAUGGUUCCAAAAUCUCUGGCCAAUUGUGCAAAGCUGGAGAUUUUAAAUAUUGGGAACAACCAAUUCAGCGACACAUUUCCGUGCUGGUUAAACAAUGUCUUCAGUUUGCACAUCCUAGUUCUACGAUCCAACAAAUUUCACGGGGAAAUUGAUUGUCCAGAGUUGAAAGGCUCCUGGCCAAUGCUUCAAAUUUUCGACCUAGCUUCCAACAGAUUUAGUGGAAGACUACCUCAAAAAUACUUGACGACCUGGGUGGCAAUGAUGGCUGACAGUGCCCAAUCAGAGCUCAAACACCUCCAGUUUGAGAUCCUGGCACUAAGCUCAUUAUACUACCAGGAUGAAGUGACAGUUACCAGCAAAGGUCUACAGAUGGAGCUAGUGAAGAUCCUAACUGUAUUUACCUCCAUUGACUUGUCAUGCAAUAAUUUUCAAGGGCCAAUACCAGCAGAGAUAGGGCUAUUAAAAUCACUCCAUAUUCUCAACUUGUCUUACAAUGCUUUCACAGGCCCACUCCCAUCAUCUGUAGAAAACAUGAGACAACUAGAGUCCUUGGACCUCUCAGUGAACAACCUGACCGGGGUAAUCCCUGCACAGCUUGCAAGCCUAAAUUUCCUGUCGUUCUUGAAUGUGUCGUAUAAUCACUUCGUUGGAAAGAUCCCGACAGGGACUCAACUCCAAUCAUUUUUAUCAACUUCUUUUGAAGGCAAUAAAGGAUUAUGUGGGCCACCUUUGACAACUGAUUGCACAAACUCCAGCAUGUUACCACCUCCACCACCAGCUUCACCAAACAGUGAAAUUGAUUGGCUGUUUAUAAUGAUGGCAAUUGGUUUCGCGGUAGGCUUUGGAGCCGUUGUUGCACCCCUGAUGUUUUCCAAGAAGGUAAACAAAUGGUAUGACGAUUGCAUCAGCAAGUAUAUGGUGAAAUUUGUCAGGUAAAAUGAAGCAUAUUAGUUUAUAAUUUGGAGUUCUGUUUCAUGUAUAAGUCCUUUAUUUCAUGUUUAUUGUUUAAUUAAG